UGUAAUAUUUUGUCAGAAACUAACGCUGGUUUAUGAGAGCUCUACCUUCUUUUGGCAUUUCACUAAUCAAGUCGUUUAACAGCAGAGAACAGUUUUAUUUCUACAGCGGUGUGAUCUGGGUAGGAUUCUUUCACGCUGAGUGAUACGAGCUGAACAGGUCGCCUUGUAAUCUUUCCUAUCACUAUAGGGUGACCUACCGGUGUAAAGUAUCUCUAAUCUAAUCAUAAAAACCUUUCAUGUUCCUGAUGAGUCUCCACGGAUCCAAAAAAUACAAAGUACCAAACUAUAAAUCUUGGCUAUGUUUAUCUCAGACACAGCGUGCAUGUCAAAGUAUCGGGGGGGUUGGAUUUGUUAUCAGCAGCCCUCUCAGUAGGCGCUCUGGUCAAAGUGCACCGCGGUGAACAGUGUGUGGCAGCACUGCACGCUCAUCCAUUUAAAUUGGCCUCGGGAUAACCUCCGCUAAGGUCGCAAGGAUGACGAAAGAAAAAAGCCAGCUGAAGGAGUUUGUAGAGGCUGUAAGCGUUCUGCAGUGGGUGCUGAGCUUUCUCUUCUUAGGAGUGGCUUGCAUUAUCUUGAUGGUGUAUCUGAUGUUUACAUCCUUGUGGCCGCUGUCCGCGCUCUGCUUCGUGUGGCUGGUGAAAGACUGGCAAACUCCAGAAAGAGGGGGCAGAAGAACAACAUUUGUGAGGAAGUGGAAGGUGUGGGAGCACUUCAAAGAGUAUUUUCCAAUUAAACUGGUGAAGACGGCGGACCUGAAUCCAAACAAAAACUACAUCUUCGGCAGUCAUCCGCAUGGUAUCAUGUGCGCUGGAGCCUUCGCCUGCUUCAGCACGGAGAGCUGCGGCUUCGCUGAGACAUUUCCUGGGCUGAAGUCCACACUGGCGAUACUGGCGGGCCUUUUCAGGAUACCACUCUUAAGAGAAUACCUAAUGGCUGCAGGCCUGUGUCCGGUCAGCAAACCGAGCCUCGCUCACCUCCUCUCCAAAAGCGGCAAGGGAAACGCGGUGGUGAUCGUGGUCGGGGGAGCGGCUGAGUCCUUAGCGUCCUCUCCUGGCAUCAACAGGGUGGUCAUGAAGCAGAGGAAAGGAUUCGUCAGGACGGCUCUCGAGUAUGGAGCAGAUCUGGUGCCCGUCUACACGUUCGGGGAGAACGAGCUCUUCCAGCAGGUGAUUUUGUCAGAGGGGAGCCUGGGCCGCAGGCUGCAGGACUUGUUUAAAAAAAUCAUGGGUUUUGCUCCGUGUCUAUUUGUCGGCGAGCGACUCGCUCUGUUGCCCUACAGGAGACCGGUCACCACCGUUGUGGGAAGUCCCAUCUCAGUGCCCAAGUGCGUCACGCCAACGCAGGAGGCGGUCGAUCGCUAUCACGGGCUCUACAUGGACGCCCUGACCAAGCUGUUUCACGAACACAAGGUCAGCUGUGGACUUUCCAAGAGCCACAAGCUGGAGAUCAUUUAGACUUUUUCCCUCCAGAAAACAUCUGUGAUGUUUUUUGAUUGCACCGCCUUGACGGGAUCAGGGCCGUGAACAUUUGGAGAAAAGCUGCAGAAGAUGAAGGAAAGGGAGGCUUUUUUUUUUUAAAGUAACAGUGGGGAGCUGCGAUCGGCUAUGUUUUUAAAAAGGUGCGACUGAUGUACAAACUUGGAAAGAGAAAGCGGGCGUGAUUAAUUUAACAUAUGCUUUAUGAAUACAUUGCUUUAAUAGAGGGAGUCAAGAAAAACGUUAUAAAACACUGCCCUCUAUGUGCAGCCUGCUGUUCUCAGGCGGAGAUCUGAAUCCUUACCGGUAGUUUAUCUAUUCAGAAAUAUAAAUUUCUGUGAGCGCUGGCAGGUCUAAACAAACAGCUGCCUUUAUUCACACAUAAAUCUACCUCACAGGCAAACUGAAGGGCCUUUGUGUGAACUCGGCUGGCAUUAGAGAUAAGCACAUUUGCAUUUUUUUUUAAUAUAUGUGAUUUGUGAUAAUCUUGAUUUUAUUGUCUUUUAGUGUUGGAAAUACCCUUGAACGUACAUUCUGCUGGAGUGACUUUUAACAUACUAAACUCACCAGAUUUAUCCCCUCGUAGCCUCUAUUCAGGGCAAAGAUCCUGUCAAUUACUUGUUUUUAUAGCUUCAAGAGGAGAUUCUUCGAAAGCAUGAUAAGAGUUUUCUCCUCUGAUAAAGCAGGGGGAACAGUUUCAAAAAGAAAAGUUGAUUAUAGAUCAUAUAAAUCUCUAUGAUUUAUAGCAUGUUUAUAACACACUAAUCCACAAGAAAUGUAUGAUUUCACGUUGUAGUCUAUGCCUUUAAAACUACGACUCGUGCUCAGGAUUACCGUUAAUCACAUCUCCACGUUACUCGAAACUGUUUGCCUGUUGUUCGCUUGGGAUGGUUUUAAAAAUCCCUUCCAAGUUUAAACUCCCUUUAUAAGCUCCAGUCAGCAAGGUGUUCUCAGAGCACCGCUCUUCCUGUAUUUGAUGUGAAUAAAACAUUUGCUAAGAGA